CUUGUUUAUAACUUGACGCGUAUUGGGAGACUGCAGUUAUAUUUGUUGUUGAUUGCUGUAGUAGAUGUCAUCACCCCAAUCCCUGCCUAAACGACUUUGUACUUUACCAUGAACUCAGAAAUUAGCCGGUAAAAAAAGAACGGUAAUAAUGAAUUGAUUAUUGAAAAAUAAAAAUAAAAUAAAGAGUAUUUAGCCUUUAAUACUCCUCAUACUCAAUUUUUCUUCUACUGCUUCUGGAAUCUAUUACUCCUUUGAAAUCUGUUAUUCUGGUUUUACGCGAUAUACCACGGGUUAUAGGUUAUAUGUAAAUAUAAUACACCGGUUACUAAGGAUGUACUCGCUAAUUAUCUAUACUGAGGUCGUGAGCGGAUUAUACAGAUAAACAAAAAAAUUGCAUGAAAAGAAAGGAAUAUCUUUUUUAAACAAUAAAAAUGGAAGGCUCUUACUGUUUCCUGUAAUUGUUCUUAGUCGACUGCUUAAUAUCCUGAACGGUUCGUUAUUCGCUUAAAAGGUAUGACAUAGGGUUUUAGACUCCAUUUAAGAAAUAAGCACGGUUGCUGGGGUAACCAAAAAUAAAUAAACAAAAGGGAGUGUAAACAGUCAUCAUCGUUGUCAGUUACAACAAUACAUAUCGGAUUUAUAUGCAUAUAAUGGAGCGUACAUCCAAAGUCACGUUAAUAGGAGAUUGGUUCAACCAAUUUUUAUUGUGUUUUUCCAAAAGGGAGCAAGGAUCCACCGAUCAAAUUAGUGCUUGCUACUUUUUUUUAGCAGACUUGAAGCUAUGAGGAAGCCCUUACCUGACUAUAAUGAUCCUAGCAUCGUGUAUUCGCGGCCUUAUGGAAAACUGUCACCUUUGGUGGAUUCUGGACAUGAACAACUGAACACACAUCAAUUUCAAAGUGAAGAUAAUUUACAUAUAUCAGAUUAUGAGUGGGACAACGAAGUUACCUCAUCUGAACAGCUUGAGGUUCCUGAAGAGGAUACAUUUUCCUUUACGAAUUCCGUAUACGAUGUGGACUCUAGUGUUUUAAAUGCUUCACCAGCUCCUCCUAUUCCCCCAGUACAUCGGAUUGGGAUUGAUCAUAGUAAUUCGUCUAAUUUGUACGUCCCUCAUAAUGAAACAUCUAUAGAACGCAGUGACUCAGAAACCUUGAGCGGUGGAUCAUAUGCAGAUAAGAAGGAAGAAUUGAUUGAUGAAGAUGAAUAUGCUAUGUCGGAAGAUGGCUUCAGUGGACUUGAAACAGCUUCUUUUAAUAACAGCUCAGCUUAUCACGAAAUGCAAGAAGUUCCUAUAAUGCACGAUAGCUUAGUCGUCGAAUGUCCUUGUCCUCUUGAUCUUAAAAAUAUGCUUGGUUCCAUAGUUCACACAAGCUCUGAAGAAUCGAAUUCUUUACGAUACACUGCGGUGACCUGUAAUCCUGAGGAUAUGAUGGCAAAUGAGCUAAAAGUGAGAACGAAUCUAUUUGAUCGAGACAUCCAAGCUGCGAUUUGUCUGACUGUAGGGCAGGAAGACCUUGCUUCUUUCGCAUUAACACUAUCUAGUGUUAUGGAAAACGUGAAGCAUCUUACGAUGCGUAAAAAAUCGAGAGUUUGGGGUGAUGAAAGCUGGAAAAAAGUCUUAACCUGUAUAGUACUUGAUGGCCGGAAUUCUGUCCAUAGAAACAUUUUGGAUUUGCUGUCCUCUAUAGGAGCAUACCAGCCAAGUAUUUCCAAAGGUAGAGUUAACGGCAAAAGGGUUUUAGCUCAUAUGUAUGAAUUUACCAGUACAAUUUCGGUAGACGAAAAACUGAAUAUUACUACAAAAAAUGAUGGAAAUGUACCCAUGCAAUUACUCGUUUGCUUAAAAGAAAUGGAGAGUGGGACGCAUGAUUCCCAAAGGUGGUUUUUAAAAGGUAUUUCUUCUCUCGUUCGACCAAAUAUUUGCCUGUUCGUAAAAGUUGGAUCGAAAUUACAAACAACAUCCGUAUAUCAUGCUUGGAAAAGCUUUGAUGUUAAUUCCAAACUUGGCGGAAUAUGCGGCAAAACGGUCAUUAAAACUGGAAAAUGGGGAAAGAAGCUUCUUUCUCCCUUAAUAGCAUCUCAGCAUUGUGAUCAAAUGAUUUAUAAUAACCUUAGGCUUCCCUAUGAUAGCUGUCUGGGUUACAUUUCUAAUACGUCUAAUGCUCUCUACGGUUUUCGAUAUGUUGCUUUAUUAGAUGAAUUUCCUUAUCCUGGUCCAUUAACUCAAUACUUUGCCCGAAAGGAAACAGAAGGACAAAGAAAGGGGAUAUUAAAAGCAAAUGCUUAUGUGGCCCAAGAACAAUUGUUAUUUUGGAAGGUUGUUACUAAAAAGGAAGCAAGAUGGUACCUGAAUUAUGUUCCUCAAGCUCAAGUCGAAGUGAAGGCUCCUGAAUCUAUGGCAAAAAUCUUAGAAGGCAGAAGAGGUGAUAUUAAUAGCCGUUUUAGCCUUGCUAUUUAUAUUCUUUCGGACUUUUUCUCUCUGUGGAAAACAAGACAUAGCUUUUUUAGGUUCCUUAUGAUAGCUAUGCAGGUUUUCAUAUUUGGAUUAGAGAGAUUGUUUGGAUUUUUUAGCUUGGCAAACUUCUUUUUGUCUUUCCAUUUUAUAUGCAAUAGUACUUCAUAUAAAUAUUUUAAUCCCUAUGGGUCAUGGGGUCAGGUCUUGUUCCUGAUUUUUGAAUAUAUAUUUCUGUGUGCUAUAUUCUCACAAUUUGUUUUGGCAAUGGGAAACCGUUCAAAAGGCUCUAAAACGCUUUCUUUAAUUAGUCUGCUUAUAUUCACUUCAGUGAUGAUUUAUUACUUAUUUUGCAUAUUUUACGUUUCUCUAGUUCCAAUCUUCAUACAUUCAUCUCAUGGAUAUGAUAUUUUUGGCGAUAAUUAUUUUACAAAUGUGAUGUUGCCAUGCUUAAUAGUUCUUGCGUGUUACAUUUUUGUUUCAAUAAUUUCAUUGGAUCCAUUAUUUCUUCUUACAUGUUUAUGGCAAUAUGUUUUGAUAUUGCCGGCUCGCAUUUAUAUGGAGCAAGUCUAUGCGUUAUGCCAUCUUCAUGAUGCUUCGACACUUAAUGAUUUAGAUGUUGCUACAAGCAAUGAUCUAACUGAUACUUAUCGAAAUGAAAAGAAAAAGAAGUUCGCUAUGAUAGCCAUACCAAACGCUGAUAUGUUGAACUCAAUCUACAAUUCAACCUUAAGAAACUUUAGUGAAGACAGCGAUUGUGAGAGUGGUUCGUCUUUAAACAGGAUUAACGCUAAUUCUGUUUCACGUACCAGUCAAGACUACUAUCAGGAUAUGCGAACAAGAUAUGUUCUCGUUUGGGCUUUGAGUAAUCUCAUCCUUGCAAUUAUCUUGCUUCAAGUCUUUAAAGGUGAAGCCUCCGUGAAUAAUGGCUACUUAAAAUUUGUAUUUUGGACUUUUACGGCUUUUAUUUGUCUCAAAACAGUCGGUUCUACUUGCUUUUCGGCAAUUGUUAACCUUGCUUCGUUUGGUGCAUAUCUUCAACGAAAAUUUGACUGAUGAUUGAUGAAUUGGGGAACUGUGUAUACUCAAAUAUUUAUUGUUAAUAUGUAAUGAAAUGCCAAUUAUUUUUAUUUAUAGAUACCUUCUAUUCUACUUAGUUCAUUUAUGAUAAUUUACUCCCUCUUUUCCAAAAAGACGGUACAACCCUCUAGAAUUUCG